AUGGCCAGAACUCUCUCUCUCUCUGGGACACACCAGCGUUGUCCGUCAUCUCCACGACCAUCACAGCUUCGAGUCGGUCACUUCCAAGACCGGCUGGCUGACCUCAAGGUUACGGAGGGGGAAGGCCAAGUGCCACAGCCCGUGGAGCUCAUUCUUUCGUUUCUUGCAGCCGUGCUGUUCCCUGCUGCCCAUCGGCCCAAGAGAUCGUCCUCAAUGCCCUUGAAUCCCAUCCUGCAGAGCUCCCUGGAGGAGGUAGAACUGCUCUACGAGUUCCUGCUAGCUGAACUCGAGAUCGGCCCAGACCUGGAGAUCUCCAUCAGGGACGAAGAGCUCGCCUCCUUGCGCGAGGCACAGGCCUUCCGCACCGUCUGCAACGCUGUGAUCCCCAAACGCAUCCCCGACAUCCGCCGCCUCAGUGCCAGCCUCUCCAGCCACCCGGGCAUCCUCAAGAAAGAGGACUUCGAAAGGACAGCGCUGACCCUGGCCUACGCGGCCUACCGCACCGCCCUGUCCCAAGGGCACCAGAAGGACAUCUGGGCCCAGUCCCUGCUUAGCCUUUUCCAGGCCCUCAGGCAGGACCUGCUGCGGUCCUCAGGCUCCAGAGUGUCUGCCUGAGACACUGGCCCGCACCGGGACCUGGAGCGGGGCCCAGCACACACAGUAAUCCAGAAAUUCUUCAUUCUCCCCUCCACUUACACAGACCAGCAGCACAACACAUGCCACCAGCUCAGAGUAGCAGAGAUAAAAUGAUUCGGCCCCAUGCUCUUUACCUGUUGUAGCUUCCUGACAGGCGCAUCUGAUUCAUGUCACAGUGUGACCUGGGCCGGAAGAAAGGGCUGGAGGGGAUCAUUCAAGGUGCCUCCAGAGGCCGAAUGGUUCGCCUGGUGACAUGCAGAGUCUAGGAUCCGCUUCAACACUGAGUGGCUGCCUCAAACACCCACGAGAGAGGACACAGCUGGAGGAGACGUCAUAGAGGUUUGAGCACGGGGGGACGAUGGGGGACAGAUUUCUUUGGCCCUAAGAGAUCAGGGUGCUGGGUUGAACGCACAGCCUUCUGAAGGUUCUGUAGUAAGAUACAAAGAAGGGAGAGCUACAGCCAAUAAAUACGUUAGCCGAGGGUAGACUCCUCAACUUUUCUAAAGUCACCGAGACGAGUCAGAACAUCGGGAAUUGUCUGAGCGGGAUGUUUUGACUUUUCUCACCUGAAGGCUGGUCUGCCACAGACCGGCGGGCCUUGUCUUUAGAACAGAGAAGCCAAGCCAAUGCAGAGAGGGUCAUCCUAACCAAGGGGGGCACCAGCGGCCUUCCCUUUCCAUCCUAAUGCUCAAAUGCCUUAGCAUCGUCAGAGAACUCAGUGCUCCAAGCAAGGCUGAUUUUCAGAUGACGGAACUUUACUCUUUCAAAUGCUGAUUUUUCAUUUUAGUGAUAUCAACUUCGUAAUUCCAAAACUACGCAGAUGAAAUGCCUUAAGCUUUUAGUAUCUCUGAAACAUUCUAAUGAAGGGGUUGGAUAACAUAAUCGCUAAGACUCUUGGACUUCUGAAAUUUCCACAAUCAUUUCAUUAACCCUGAGAUAGCACACCCGGACCUGAGGGGUCUGCCGGGCUGUUACACCAACCCCGGGGGGUCCCGGGCUGCGCUAACUCUGUAUCCCAGCAAGUUUUCCUGCUGACUUCCUCGCUGUCAGGCUAGAAGCCUGCGCUCUUAUCUGUCACCAACAUCACUUGUCCUUUGCAUUUUGUUUUCUUAGCUGCCAUCGCCUAAAAAUAAGAUAGCUAGGCUUGUUAAAAUUAUGUGUUAAUGAGUUAAUGGAUGAAGGCCCCUGCCUGGAUUGAAGGGCCUGGGUUCCAGUAAAGAUUCCUCCCUCGCUCGGAGCUCUCUGGCUUCUCCCGGGUUUACAGCCUGGUCCUGGAGGCUCACAUCACGAACAGUCUGAUCUUUGAACGAGUGAGGUUUCCUUGGGCUAAAUUUGCCUUUGAAACGGGUAUUUACCAACUGUUAUUUGAUGAGGGCAACAGCUGGUCUGGACGUCUUUAAAAUCGUUGAGCACGUGAGUUCUGCCUGGCAGCACCAGCUGUGUGAUCUUUUUGGAGAAAUACUAGAAUGUGGGAGGAAGGUACCAGAGCAAAACACGGCUUUGCGUCCUGAUGGUCUCAGGCUCAGCAGGCUAAUAGCUCACGCCCUCUCCUUCUUCUUCCCUAAUCACACUGCUCGCUUACCCCCCUCAAAUGCGGACUGAUAGGUGCUUUUUGGCUCAGUUUUCCUCUCUAAUAUUACCUGCUCUCUUUGACAUGGCCACUCUGCUCACCUCUCUUUUUUUUUUUUAAUUUUAGUCUCUCUGCAGGGCUCUCCUUGGGCCUGAUUCUGAUUAUCUUUGCCCCCAUUUCUGGAAGCAGCUCCGGGCGCCCUGGGGCGACAUCUGUGUACUAUCUCCCCGCCCGCAUCCAUACCCUGAGCUCACUGGCCUGCGGUCUCCUUUGGGUCUCGCUGUCUGAUGAAACAAAGGGCAGAGUGGAGACGGG